AUGGCAAAUAAUCGUGGCACAAUGUUUUCCAGACGCAAUCCUCCGCCUGCUAACAACCAAGAGUUAAUGGCACCUUGGUUCAAACAUCGCUUCUUGGUGUAUCUUCAACGAAUUCAGCAGGGAGGUGCUCCAAUUGGUGGUUUAUGUUCCUGUACUCUGGGAAUUCAAGAAAAUGUUUACACGCAGUUACAACCAGCUCAACAAGCCCAAGUAGCCGAAAUAUUUCGCGCAGCCGAAGGAGCUUGGGCUGGAAAUGGUCCACAAGGUGGAUUUGCCGCGCCUCAGACAGAAGGCGGUGCAAGGCCUGUCUUUCCAGUUUUCUUGGCUGAAACACCCCACCAAGGCGACCGUAUCAUCAAAGUAUUUGCUUAG